AUGCCUAUCGCCAUCACGCCCCCGCCUGUCAUCGUCAAGGACGCGCCGGCCCAGGCCGUCUCAGACGCCGUGCCUGCCGCCGGAGACAAGAAGCGGAAGAUCAUCUGCUUUUCAGACUUUGACGGCACCAUCUUCAUGCAGGACACGGGCCACAUCCUGUUUGACAACCACGGCUGCGGCUCCAAGCGGCGCGAGAUCCUCGACGAGCAGAUCAAGUCCGGCGAGCGGUCCUUCCGCGACGUCUCGGAGGAGAUGUGGGGCUCCCUCAACGUCCCCUUCGACGACGGCUUCGAGGUCAUGGAGCGCGAGCUCGAGAUCGACCCGGACUUCCGUGCCUUCCACCAGUUCUGCCUCGACAACGGCAUCCCCUUCAACGUCAUCUCGGCGGGGCUCAAGCCCGUCCUGCGCCGCGUGCUCGACGCCUUCCUCGGCGAGGACCGGUCCGCGCACAUCGACAUCGUCGCCAACGGCGCCGACAUCGCCGCCGACGGCUCCGCCUGGCGGCCCGUCUGGCUGCACGGCGGCAGCGAGCUGGGCCACGACAAGGCGCAGUCCGUCGCCGAGGCCCGCCGCGCCGCCGAGCUCGCCUGCGAGGACGGCACCGUGCCCCUCAUCGUCUUCAUCGGCGACGGCGUCUCGGACCUGCCCGCCGCGCGCCAGGCCGACGUGCUCUUCGCCCGCCGCGGCCUGCGCCUCGAGGAGUACUGCGUCGAGAACGGCAUCCCCUACACUCCCUUCGACACCUUCGCCGACAUCCAGCGCGAGCUGGCCAGGGUCCAGGCCGAGGACGACGCGCAGACGCGCGGCCGCGGCCUGCCCGCGCGCUUCAACCCCCGCGCCAACAUGUGGCGCCGCGUGUCGAGCAGGACGGCCGUGCCCCGCUACAUCGCCCUGUCGCCCACGCGCGAGGAGAAGAUGUUCCUGUGGCCCGAGGCCUUCACCGAGCUCACGGCCGCGGCUGCCGCGGCGUCGGCGUCGGCGACCUCCCCCGUGCUCGAGAAGACGUUGUCGCUCGAGAAGACGGUCUCGUUGGGCGAGGGACCUGUCGCCGUGCAGGUCUAG